CAAAUCAAAUCUCACCACAUGUAGCCAACAAAUCAACCACUAUAAAUGUUGCAACCUUCAAGUAUCAUUUGAUUAUUUUCUUUUCUGUCAUUUUGUUAAUUUUUCUAUCAACUUCAUCAUUUCACCAUGUCUAUUAAUGUGUCAACAGAGUAUAUGGAAAUCGAGGAGGACUCAGCAAGUCGGAGAUUGGUCCUGGAAGAAUUUGAAAGAAGAAAGAAAGGCCGGCAAAUACCUGUUAGCGUUGAUGAUGCGGAAGUUAAAUCACAACUUCGACAAUUAAACCAACCAAUUUGUAUCUUUGGAGAAGGACCGGCAGACAGGAGAGAAAGAUUAAGACAGUUGCUGACAAGACUCGGAGAAGAUGCGAUCAAGAAAACGAAAGAUGAGGAAAAAGUAGAUGAAAAGGAGCGAGAUCCAAACACAACUUGGUAUCACGAAGGUCCUAAUAGCCUGAAGGCAGCUAGAAUCUGGUUGGCUGAAUAUUCCAUUGUGAGAGCCCGGGAAAGGCUGGAACGAGCUCGUAAAACAAAAUCAAUGCCUGAGACCACCAGAAAUAACCUUAAUCAAGAGCUUUAUAAAAAAUUACAUACUUUCGAGAUUGAAUGCAGUCAGGUUGGUGACGCAAGACCACUGUCCUUUUGCAGAUUCAGUCCUGAUUCGAUGAUGAUUGCAACUGCAUCCUGGAGUGGACAAUGCAAACUGUGGUCGCGAGUUUCGCUAGAUCUCAGGAAAACUUUUCGUGGUCAUAAUGGGCGAGCUUGCUCGAUCGUGUUUCAUCCGAAAGCAACAAUUUCUCAAUCACCAACUGCUCUUAAUUUAGCAUCAAGUGGCAUCGAUGGAUCUGUGUGUUUAUGGAGCAUGGAGAAUGAAUUUAGUCUUAGAAACUUGGAUGGACACCAACCUCAUCGCGUAAGUCGAGUAUCUUUCCAUCCCUCAGGCCGUUUUUUGGGAACCUGUUGUGAUGACAGAUCUUGGCGACUCUGGGAUCUGGAAGUCAAUGAGGAGAUUCUUUUUCAAGAAGGCCAUAGUAAAGGUGUUUAUGACAUUGAUUUUCACCCUGAUGGAUCGUUAGCUGCAACUGGUGGUUUAGAUGCUUUUGGCAGAGUUUGGGAUCUGAGAACAGGUCGUUGCAUAAUGUUCAUGGAAGGACACUUGAAAGGAAUAACCAGUGUCUCAAUUUCACCAAACGGCUAUCAAGUUAUAACGGGAAGCAUGGACAAUACUGUAAAAAUUUGGAAUCUUAGGCAACGAAGAUGCGAAUACACAAUCGCCGCACACAACAACAUCGUGUCUGGAGUCCAAUUUGAAAAGGACCAGGGGCGAUUCAUCGUUAGUUCUAGUUAUGAUAAUAGUAUAAAAGUCUGGGCUCAUCCUAAUUGGACCCGAAUCGCUGAAUUAAAUGGCCACGACAACAAAGUAAUGGGUAUCGACAUCGCCGCCGACAAUCACAGCAUACUUUCGUGCUCAUUCGAUCGAACGUUCAAACUUUGGAGUCAAUCCUGGCAGCCCAAAUCAUCAACACAAAACAAAGACAAUUAAAAUCAUCUAAACAUUACAUAUAAGCAUGAUAAAUAUAUCAGCAACCAUCAAUUUUUUAAUUUUUUAUAAUACUCACAACUGUCAGCAUAUGAAAUAAAAAUGAAAUCAAUUGCAUCUAAA